AUACCCCAUCCGUCCUCCAGCCUUCCAACCUCAUGCAUCCAAACCCUCCUUCAAAAUAAAAGCAGACAGGCAACAAUGCCUUCUUCAGACCCCAUAGCAACCCUCCUAGAAACCUACCACGACCUCAACCCUUCCGUCGUCGAAGAAUUCCCCCACCAAAAUGAAGAACCCAGUCCCCUCGAAUUCCUUCGCUACGUCUCGCGCAACCGCCCCUGCGUUUUCCGCGGCGCGGCAAAACGCUGGCCUGCGUUGCAGAAGUGGGAUGCGCGGUUUCUGAGGGAUGCGAUGAGGGGACGGAAGGUCAGGGUUGCGGUUACGCCGGCGGGGAAUGCGGAUGCGGUGGUCGAGCAGGCGACUGGCGAAUUGGUUUUUACCGAACCGCAUGAGAUUGAGGAAUCGUUUGAGGAUUUCUUGGACGAUGUACAGAACGACUCCUCCGCCACGCCCCCCAACAAAGCAAAAGCACGAAAUGUGAAAUACGCCCAAACCCAAAACAACAACCUCCCCACCGAAUACUCCCCCCUAACCCCCGACCUGCCCCCAACCCUCCCAUUCGCCCGCAUAGCCCUCAACCAGUCUGCAGAAGAGGGGCCUGAAGCGCUCAACUUCUGGCUCGGGAACGCGCGCUCCACGACCGCCCUGCACAAAGACAAUUACGAGAAUUUGUACGUUGCGGUGCGCGGGCGGAAGCACUUUGUCCUGCUGGCGCCGGUGGAGAUGGCGUGUGUGAAUGAGGGGCGGGUGAGGAGGGGAAGGUUUGUGCGGGAUUGUGCCUCGUCUUCUUUUUCUUCGUCUGGGGCUGGGGCUGUGGACGAUGACCAUGGCAGUGAGACGCUGAAAGUCGAAAUCGACAAAGAUGGCGAACCACUCCCCGUCCCCCUCUGGGACCCCGAUGACCCGCUCAAGCACACAACGCCGUACUCCCACCUCGCGCAGCCUUUGCGGGUCACACUGUACGAAGGGGAUAUGCUCUACCUGCCCGCUAUGUGGUAUCACAAGGUCACGCAAUCGGUGGGCGACGAGGGCUUCGCCUGCGCCGUAAAUUAUUGGUAUGACAUGGCUUUCGACUCGGCGUUUUGGGCGAGUAAUUGCUUCCUUCGCGACGUUGUUGAGGCGGGGAGGCAGAGGGUGGUGUAUCCCGAGCUAGAUCUAGCGGGGGAGGAGGAAGGCGGGACGUGAGGAGUGGGGAAGAAGAAAAGAAACGGAGAGGAAUUGUGAAUGGUAUGAGUAUAGAUGGGGAUGCAUCAAGCCAACACCACAUGAAUGGCGUGACUAUGAGCAAGAGUAGAGUAAGUCUGUCGAUCCGCAGUCCCUUCAAGCAUCAGCCCCCCCAAGCUCCCCAUCCCCACCGAAAGAGAAGUGAAAGAUGAAAGCAGAAGCAAUCAGAGAGUAACGCUCGCUUUUUGUUAAAGGGGGUAUCCAAAGGCCAGCCCUCCGCUUGGGACCCGAGCCAUGAUGGGGGAAUAGAUAGAACAAUCUGAGCAAAGAAGC